AUGUCUCUAGUGAAAGAUCAAGACACUUCUUCACAAGAAAACGUAUUCCUGAAGCUGACACAAGAUGCUGGCUUUCGAAUAUGUCCUGACGGAUCGAUGAAACUUGUCGUUGAGCCUGCCGUUUAUCGUCGUGAGUUAGCACAAAGAUUACGAGCUCAUUCGGAAUAUCCGUCUCCGCUAGUUGAAAGAUUCUGUGACGCCUUCCAGAACUACGUGGAGGAUCCUACUGUUCUGCGUGCUUGUUUAUUGCCAUUACCCAUUGACACUUCUGGAAGAACCCGACAUUCUCCGACCGAGAGUUUAGUCCGUCUACUACUGACAAUUGACAUUCUACAACCACUUCUGCUGGAUAUGCUCCUGGAAAGACUCCCGGAAUUUCUCGCCGACUCCGUAGAAUCACCACUACCACGUCUUAUUCUACAUCAGAUGAAAUGGCUUGAUCAUAUCGUUGAAUCUCAACGACUUGCUUCUAAGAUUACAGAGAUAAUUACAGUGACUCCACUUGGAAUACAGAAGGAAAUUAUAACAAGUCUACCAGAGAUUAUUAGUGACGCUAAGCAAGUUGAUAUCGGUAAAGAAUUGAAGGAUUUAAUGGAAGAAAACUGUCAACUGACGGUUCCUAUACUCGAUGCCCUUGCUAAUUUCACAUUGACCGAUGACUUGUUGCGUGAUGUGCGAGAAACAAUCAUCGAUCGGCUAGAGUCCGCAGAUAUUGAGGAUUUACCUGUUGUCAUCAAAUUUAUUCUGCAAACGGCAACAGGAAAUGACGCCGAAAGAAUUAUUGAAAACAUCAGACAGAAACUGGACUUUCGCUCUAUUAUGCAAUUACGACGUGUUGAUAUAGAUGAUAAAUCGCGUUCAGUAGUGCCUAAGAAAGAAAGAAUUCCGGAAGCGUUGAUACUGGAAUCAUUGAGGAUCGGCAUCCAAUUUCAUAAAUUCAUUAAAGACGCGUGGAUCAAAACGAUUACCGAUGUUGACAAGGCGGCUGAUCAUAAGGUUAUUGAUAUCGUGGUACUUAUUAUUAUACACUCUAUACCAAGUAUGAGGAGGAAAAUCCAAACCAUCUUCCGGAAGAAAACUGCCAAUGGUUUAUUCUCGAAACUGCUUUUACAAGAGACUAUUUUAUGCCAUGCAGAUGGUUUGAAAGAAUACUUUAAUUCCAUUCUCUCGUUAUCGGAGAGUCUUCUUAGAUCAAGCCAGCAGCAGAGUGUCAUUGCACCCAUCGCUUGUGCAUUGUAUCUGAGCUCUUUCAAAGCCUUUGACGCAUAUCAUCGACAAGAAGUUGUAGGGUCAUUGGUUACUCAUAUUGGAAGUGGCUCACAGACGGAGGUUAAUUCGGCUAUGUCUGUAUUGUUGCACAUAGACGCCAAUCAAGGCUUAGGUUCUGGUGGCUUACUCGCGGAGAUUUCCAUAGUCGUUCAAAAACAGUUGACAAAUCCUGCCGAGAGGUAUAAGCAGAUAGGCGUCGUUGGUGCUUUAGCUCUUGUGCAAACUCUGGGAUCUAAGGACGCUCCUAGAAACCUUAAUGGCGCAUCUUCCUCUUGUUCUGAUUCCAAUAUCCAAGAAAUAACGCAAGUUCCUCUGUUAAAGUCUGCCGUUGAAAACUUGGAAAAGCUACGAAUACAUUGUUCUCGAUCAAUGAAAUGUCUUUCUUUGGCGUACGAUGAGCUUGCAUAUCUUAUUGCAAGUGGAUGCUUAGACGAACGUCUUGUAAUGUGGAUUAAAGAGAAGUUUGCCCCAUUUGCAGACAUUUAUUUGUGCGAUGCAGAUGACGCUGGUAACUUGCAGACCAGCGCUGCUCAUUUAGAUGGACUACCCAUUGAAAUAUGGAUGCAUUUGGACGAACCGGACUCUGUGUUUGUCAAUUUGUACCCUUUUCUCUGUGCCCCGCUUGCUUGUGAGAAAGCCAAUAAUAACGGACAGCUGGAGAGCAUUGAUGCUUUGUUAGGCUGUGGUUUGUUAAUGUAUGAGAGAAAGGCAGAGAUAUGGGAUACGAAGGAGACAGAAACGAAGACUGCAAAUAUAAUUGCAUGUGACGCGCUAUUCUUCGCAAUUAAUUGGUAUAGGGAAAUCAUAAACGCUUUCUGCGGACAGCUUAUUGAUGACUAUUGUGAAAAGAUAAUUCUACGUCUUCGCCACAUUACCGAAUUAGAAGGUUUACUUGAUAAAUUGAUGGAUUCUGUGCCAUCAUUUCAACCGCUUGGAUACGGACAAUUACAGAAAACCAAUGAUGCGGAGCAUCGAAUUCUUGUUUUAAACGAAACAGAGUCGCAGCGAACGCUUGGACGGACUCGUCGAACAAAGAUGAGAGGGGCUAACACAAAGAGCAUGCGAUCCAAUGAUAAGGUCAAUGAAAGCCAAGACAAAUCUACAAAUGACAUUUUAGCUGGCAAACCAGUCACUCUCGCAGACAUUAAACCGUAUAUGCGCGAAUUUGGACUUGACGUAUACAGUUUACUACAAUAUUGUGAAUUGAACUUGCAUACUGAGGCGGCAGAGGGAGAUGUUGAGCAAAAGUGUAAGACUACUAAUUUACAGGACAAGAACGUUAAGUUGAGAGCACAGGAAAUGAUCUAUCUCCUCGACGACUUGAUACGUAAACUGGAAUUCAAACUUACCUCUUCGGAAUCACCUGCAGGUAUAAAGAAAUCGAAGAGACUUAAUAUUGAAGCAAAAGAUAUGGGAUUUUCAUCCAUUGCGCGUGUAAAUGCGAUAGACGUUGUCAAUGCAGUAAUUGGUAUAUUGCCUCAUAUUUUGCGCCAUAUUGAGUCUGUACACAACUUUUUGGAUCCACAAUCAGACAAUGUCAUUGACGAAGAAGAAUCUACCACGAUAAACCGGUGCUCUGAGCUUCUGCUAGACGUCCUUAGGCGGAUAAUUAUGUGGCUAGAAUUAAGAAGCUCGGAUAACGAGGAUUGUCUGUUAAAUCUGCUGAAAUGUAUUGCCUUUUCAUCUCAUUCAUCAAUUCCAACCGAGACGCUGCAAUUGAACAAUUUGGCUCAGAAUGCAUUUGAUCAGAUGCAGAAAUACGCGUACAGAAUUCCGACAUUAAAAGCCGCUAUAUUACUGCAUAAGAUUCUCAGUAGUAUAGCUGACAUAGGAAAGGGCUGUAAUGAAUUAAGGAAUAAAUGCGGAGAAAUAGCUCGACAUUUACUCUCGCGCUCUUGGACGGACGAUAAAGAGUUGAAAGCAGAAUUUAUUAUAUAUUUAAUUCAAAUGGAUGUUAAACAUUCGGCAGAUGUAGUAACGAGAAUAGAAAAUUACGCGACUACUGUCAUUCCUGCUUUCAUUGAGAGUAAUGCUGAUAUCCUUGUAGCGAAUCCUUUGUUGAAUAGAGAUACUUUUGCUCAUUUCUAUAAAGCAAUUUUACUUGAGGUCGACGAGGUGCUUGAUGCGUAUAAUCCUAUUAACUUUGAAUCAGAAGGAGAAACCGUGAGAUUUUUCUUCAGGAUGACCAGCUGUUGGAAGAGCUUGAUUUCUGUUAUUAAGAUCAACCAAAAGCGCGCCGUGUUGUCGGUUGUUCUGAAGUAUGGAGGACGAUAUGUUGACUUAUUUGUAAAGAAGGUCUUACCUUUUAUGGAUAAGAACUUCAAAUUGCAUCGCGACGAUGUCUUGAAAAUUUUCAAAGAUUUUCAGAACGGGACCCGGGUUAUUCAGGCCCUUUGCUCUCAUGUCAAGGUUGUGAAAGAUACGACAUUAGCAUCUCUUGUUCCGAAAGUCAAAAGAUCACUCGAAACUGUUAUAUUUCAGGUGAAAGGUAUGUUACUUCAUAAUGAUUGUCCAUCGGAUGCAUUCUUCAUGGGCAAUCUUAAACAUCGUGAUCUCGAGGGACGAGAGGUAUCAGCAAAUAUGCCAAGGGAGGAAGAUGACAAGGAGAAUGAAGAUACUGACACACAUGACGAUUGUGAUACGGGAAGUGAUGCUGAUGUUAGUGAUAAAGACGAACAAUGUGUAAAUAAUGGAGUCACAAAUGACGAUAAUGAAGGAAGAGAGCCAGAUGCAGAAUCAAACGUUUUACAAGAGACGCGUCCGAACAAUAAGGCUGUUUCGAUAAAAGAAUUGCCUCAAAAGGUAUCGAAAAAGAAAUCACGUGGACAGAUUUCUUACUCGAAAAAAUCUGCUAAAGCACAAUCACCUUCUGCAUACCAAUAUUCGGACGAAGAAGAAACGGAAAGUAUUGUAUAUGAUGAUGUAGAUUUGAGCGACGAUGAGGAACGUGAUGCUAGUGAUGACAGCGGUGAUUUUAGUGACGAUGGUGGUGUAGCAAUGUUCAUUGAUGAUGAAGCAGAUGUAGAUGGUGACGAAGAAGACAAUAAUAGUUUAGAAGCUUCACCGAAAAGGAAAGUGUCUAGAAAAUCAUCGCUAUCCAAGCAGUCUAAAAGACUUCGUAAAUAG